GCAGAGGCGUUUGGCUGAGCGUGUUUGGAAUACACCGCUGUGAAGGCGAUUAGACCCCGCUCCGAUCUCCACCCGUUUCAUUUAGACAAAAAAAUCUGGAUUUAAAGAUGCUCUUUUAGUUGUUUCUGAAAUCAGAAACAGAUUCUGCGGGAGAGGAGGAACAUGUAUUUACAUCCAUGAAGUUCCUGCGUGUUGCUACCCUGUCCUUCAUGGAGCAGAAUAUCGUUCGGGUGUUCAUUAAAACAACGAUAAACAGAGCUUAUUGCCUGAAGCGUUCCACAUGCUAAACCCACCUAAGAACUCUUUUAAGAAUAUUUUCCCCAUUCGAUUCACUAAACUUUCGUUUAGAUUUAGAAGCCUGCUACCGCUAGAAAAAUUAAUGUUUAAGUCAGUCUGUGACAAAAGGUGGCACCCCUUCCCAGGUGAGGCUUCUCCAGCUCUUAUUUCCAAGGUGCAUGGGAAUUUCCGCUGAGCGCGGGCACAUCCCUGGAGCGCUCACAAGCGGAUGGGUUCCCAGCCACCAGCCCCAUUCACACAGACACGCACAUCGCCCUCCCAGCAGCCCUCCUCUGAUGGAGAAAGUCCCAGCUGGGCAGGAGCAGCCGCCCCAUCGCCUGCGCUCCCCCGGGAUGCUCGGGGCGGGGAUGGGGGAUGCUCCCCCCGGGGUGCCGGUCCUCCCCUCCCCGCCGGGGCUGAGGAAGCGCAGGGAGCCGCGGAGUCGCUCUGCAUAUUAAUGAGCCGGGAGCGAGGGCAGCGGGGAGCGCUUUAAAGGAGGAGAAGGGAGGCAGAGCGCAGGCAGCGCCGGAGCCGCUCCGCCGUGCCCUCCCUGGUGACACAGCCCCGGGACAGCGGCAUCGGGGGCGCCAACCCCGGGCGAGCACACACACCGACCCCCCGAGUCUCCCCGGGUCCCUGCUGCCCCACCAUGAAGCUCCUGACAGCAGCUCUGCUCCUGCUCCUCAUCGCCAUGUGCUUAGCCAGCGCGGAAGGCGUGAAGUGCAAAUGUUCAAGAAAAGGUCCUAAAAUAAGAUUCUCUAAUGUACGGAAGCUGGAAAUAAAACCGAGGUACCCAUUUUGCGUGGAAGAGAUGAUUAUUGUGACACUCUGGACAAAGGUGAGGGGGGAGCAGCAGCACUGCCUCAACCCCAAGCGCCAGAACACCGUGAGGCUGCUCAAGUGGUACCGAGUAUGGAAGGAGAAAGGCAGGGUUUAUGAAGAAUAAGAGAAAGUGGUACAAGGAAUGGAGUGGACUCCCUUGGCUGGCAUAGGACUGGGCUCUACAGAAGAUUAUUUCUCUCUCGCAGACAUAAGACACAAAUUCUAUAUUAUUAUAAAGCACUUUUUACCAAGGGUCAGUUUUUACAUUUUAUAGCCGUAUGCAAAAGGCUUCCAGAUUUCACAAGCAUCUGCUGCACUUCUGAUUUCACAGCCGUCUGCUCUGUACUGAAAUUAGGAAAACACGUGCUUUUCAUUUUAAAGAAGUUCUUUGGGGAGUUUUUUUGGUUUUAAUUAUUAUUCAUUCAUACUUCACUAUGAUUGCAAUCGAGCUUUAUAAGCUCAUUAGGCACACAGGACUGUUUGUGACAGUGUUGUACAGCCAGGGCCCUCACCCCCUGGCAGUGGGAAUGCUUUGGGUUGCUCGUGUUUGCAGCCUGCACCUCAGUCAGGCAGAGCAGGGACCACAGAUGAGUUUGUUGGGGAAGAUGCCACUAAAAUGCCGUGGCUGUACCUGCAGAAGUGAGGUCCCUCAGCACCUCCUCAAAGCAGCGUGAGCAUCACUUGUGUACCUCUUCUCUAAUGGGCUCGGGGUCUUGCUGCAAGGCGAAGCCUCCUGUAUCUCCCAUUUAACCUCCCAUGCAUUAGGAAGCAUUUCUAGGUCGUUUUUAUUACUAAGAAAAUGUUUAUUUUUUUUUUUUCCGCCUGAAGCACUUACAGAAAGUUUGUGACUUCGGUACUGAGACAUCUUAAGCUUCAAGAUUAUUGUGUAUGUUUUCCUAGAUUUGUAGCAACAACAAAAAAAGCCUUUAAAAGGUACCUUUUUAUGAAAAAUAUGAUAGGGCAAACGUAUAAAUACCUAUGUAUGUUUUAGUCACAAUACAACAUAUUCAUUAUUUUGAAUGUAAUACUUCAAUGUUAAGCAGUGCAUUCCUCUUUUUAAUAUAACAAAACUACCUUUUCAUUUGUAAAUAUGCUAUAGGAAGUCUCCCUGUAUUAUCUCACUGUAUAAUGUACUGUACUGCUAAAUUAUCAUAUGCUAUUUAAAUGUUUGAAAUAUUUAGAAAGUUGCAUGCAGAUUUCAUAUUUCUUUCUAAGACAAAUGAAAAAAAAGUAAUAAAAAAAAGGAUUUAAAAAAAA